UCACUUCUGUGAGCUUGACGGAAAACAUCUUCCGAGGCCACCUGCUACACGUCGGGGUAACCUACCCGAAGAAGAGCAGAGCACUGCGGCUUCUUCUCGGCCGUCAGUCGGGACUACGAACCGACCUGCGCGGCUCACCUGGAGGUGUGUGUGUGUGUGUGAGCAGGAUGGGAGCUGUGUCAGAGAGUGUGUGAGAGCCAUGGCGUCCACGUUGUCCCAGCUGAAGUUGGGCUGGCCGCGCGGCCUCCGUGCUAAGCUGCUGCGGCGCUACGAGCACAAGCCGUUAGUGUCGUGUCUGGUCGGUCUGUACGGCUGCAGGUGGAGACGGUACGAGAGGAGCUUCACUCAGCCGGGAGAGUGCUGCUGCAACAAGGUCGAAGGUGUCUGCUUUGUUCUGCUCCUGGUGGCUUUCUGCUUAACGCUGGUGUUUCUCUACUUCUGGGGACAAGCGAAGAACGACUACAACGACUUUGACUGGUUUAACUUUGGGAUCCUGGGCUUCUGGUUUCCUUGGUCUGUGGUGCUGCUGGUCAUCGCUGCGGGCUUCUUCACCUACGUCACUGUACUCACGCUGCUGGCUGUGUGUUUGCUGUCAGAAGGCCAGAAGCUUUAUUUACACUGGAGUCACAAGAUCGGGAUCCUGGUGAGUCUGACUUUCUCCAUCGUAGCCACGGCGGUCCUGUCUGACCUCUGGAGCAAAGAGUGGAAGACGUUACUGCUCUCCUUCCAGGUGACUCUCAUCCUUCCAGGUGUCCUCAUUCUCUUCCUCAUCCUCCUCUUCCUCCUCAAUCUGAAACUGAAUACUUUCAGAAACUUCAUGUAG